AAAGCGUGGAAGUGCCGCGACGGAAAGUGUGAUAUAAAUUACAAUUACAAUUCUGAAUUACAAUAAACCCUUGGAAUUCCAAUUACAAUUCUGAAUUCCCUCCUCCCCCAAUUUGAAAGUUGAAUACUUUGAAUCUUAAAUUCAAACUCAUUCGUUUCAAUUGAUUCAACUUUCAAAGUCACACCAUUACAAUGUCUGCAUUUGGAUCAAAUACUGCUUCUACUCCCACUCAUAACCCUAAUAAAUCAGUUGAGGUGGUGAGUCCUCCUGGGGACUCUGUUUCGAGUCUUUGUUUUAGCCCUAAGGCCAAUAUUCUGGUUGCUACAUCUUGGGACAACCAGGUAAGAUGUUGGGAAAUUACAAAGAACGGUAUGACUAUUGGCACUGUCCCUAAAGCAUCAAUCUCACAUGAUCAGCCUGUGUUGUGUUCUACCUGGAAAGAUGACGGCACUGCAGUCUUUUCUGGUGGUUGUGACAAACAAGUCAAAAUGUGGCCUUUGUUGUCUGGUGCCCAACCGGUGACUGUGGCUAUGCAUGACGCUCCUGUCAAAGAAGUUGCUUGGAUUCCUGAGAUGAACCUUUUAGCCACAGGAAGCUGGGACAAGACUCUAAAGUAUUGGGAUACCAGACAGUCAAACCCUGUGCACACACAACAACUUCCUGAUCGUUGCUAUGCUCUUUCUGUGUCGUAUCCAUUAAUGGUCGUCGGAACGGCAGACAGAAACAUUGUUCUUUUUAAUUUACAGAAUCCCCAGACAGAGUUCAAGAGGAUUGCAUCACCCUUGAAGUAUCAAACAAGAUGUGUUACUGCCUUUCCUGAUAAACAAGGCUUUCUGGUUGGCUCAAUUGAAGGAAGGGUUGGUGUGCAUCAUCUUGAUGAUGCACAACAGAGCAAGAACUUUACUUUCAAAUGUCAUAGGGAUGGAAAUGAUAUAUACUCGGUCAAUUCAAUAAAAUUCCAUCCUGUGCAUCACACGUUUGCAACUUCAGGAUCUGAUGGUGCCUUCAACUUUUGGGACAAGGAUAGCAAACAGCGGCUCAAGGCUAUGUCGAGGUGCAACCAGCCGAUACCUUGCAGUGCUUUCAACAAUGAUGGCUCAAUCUUCGCUUACUCGGUGAGUAAUGACUGGAGUAAAGGUGCAGAAAACCAUAAUCCAGCAAUGGCCAAGGAUUACAUAUUUCUGCACUCUACUCAGGAUUCUGAGGUUAAAGCCAAGCCACGAGCAAGUAACGGUAGGAAGUGAAGGCAAGUUAUCGCAUGUCUCUAGACAGUGCAGAAUAGAUGGCACACACUCUUUUUUGUUAGGGGUUCCAAUGAUCUCACAUUAGUCAAGUAUAUUUAUGUUGAUUACAGAAUUGCAUUCUUUGAAAUUGCAUUCUUUGAAAUUGCAUUCUUUGUGCUACGUUCCAGUUUACGUCUUUUUCUUUCGUCCUAGCUGUUAGUACUAGAUCGAAAAACAGUGAGGCUCUGUGACUGUAUCCAUUUGACAAUCAGUGUGACUAUUUUAAAUCCAGUCUGUAAGAAUAUUGAGUUUAAUGGACAAAUACUACUCAUUAAUUCA